AACCUUUUUAAAAACUGUGUUUAGACUAAAGAGGAUUUAUACUAAACAGUUUGGGCUUAAAGUAAAGCUGGUGAGGCUGAAGUUCUUGUGGAUUAAAGUUAGAAACAGGGAAGACUCAGGGUUAGGGACUCGACUUCUCAGACUGCUGAAAGUGAAAGAAAAGCUGGUCAAACUGCCUUCAGAAAGCAAAGUGUAGUGGAAAGACAAAAUGGCUUCUAAACUUGAAGAGGAUCUCUGCUGUCCUGUGUGCUGUGACUUCUUCAAGGAUCCUGUCCUUUUGACCUGUGCUCACAGUGUGUGUAAAGCCUGUCUGCAGCAGUUCUGGGACAGCAAAGGAUCUAGAGAAUGUCCCUACUGCAGGAGAAAGUGUUCAAGACAAUUAUACCCUACUAACAUGGCGUUAAGGAACCUGUGUGAGACAUUCUUACAGGAGAAAAGUCAGAGAGCUUCAGCAGGGUCUGAGGUGCUCUGCGGUCUGCACAGUGAGAAACUCAAGCUCUUCUGUCUGGAGGAUAAUCAGCCUGUGUGUUUUGUGUGUCAGACCUCAAAGAAACAUAAAAAUCACAGCUUCAGUCCCGUAGAUGAAGCAGCACUGGACUGUAAGGAGGAGAUCAAGGUCAAACUGCAGCCCUUACAGGAGAGACUGAAGACCUUUGAAGAAGUUAAACUCAUCUCUGACCAAACAGCAGCUCAUAUUAAGACUCAGGCCCAACACACAGAGAAGCAGAUCAAGGAGGAGUUUGAGGAGCUUCACCAGUUUCUACGAGAUGAAGAGGCCGCCAGGAUAGCUGCUCUGAGGGAGGAAAACGAGCUGAAGAGUCAGAUGAUAAAGGAGAAGAUUGAGAAGAUGAGCAGAGAGAUCUCAUCUCUUUCAGACACAAUCAGAGCCAUAGAAGGGGGGAUGGGAGCUGAUGACAUCACAUUCCUGCAGUGCACACUGCAGGAUCCAGAGAGGGUUUCAGGAGCUCUGAUCAAUGUGGCAAAACACCUGGGCAACCUGAAGUUCAGAGUCUGGGAGAAGAUGCAGGAGAUUGUUCAAUACACUCCCGUGACUCUGGAUCCUAACACUGCAGACCCACGUCUCAUCCUGUCUGAGGAUCUGACCAGUGUGAGAAACAGUAGUAGGAGACAGCAGCUUCCUGAUAACCCAGAGAGAUUUGAUGAGUUUUUCUGUGUCCUGGGCUCUGAGGGCUUUAACUCAGGGACACACUGCUGGGAUGUGGAGGUUGGGGACAGUGAUGUUUGGGAACUGGGAGUGAAGACAGGGUCUAGUCAGAGGAAGGGAGUGAGUGCCCUCAGUGGGGUCUGGAGUGUGGAUCAUAAUAAUGGUGCAUAUAAAGCACUCUCUCCAUCCCACCCACACACUCUCCUCACAGUGAAGGAGAAACCCCAGAGGAUCAGAGUGCAGCUGGACUGGGACAGAGGAGAGCUGUCAUUAACUGACCCUGAUAAUAACACACACCUACACACUUUCACACACACUUUCACUGAGAGAGUGUUUCCAUACUUUUGGACUCUCUCAGGCUUCACUCUUCAUAUUUUACCAGUAAAAUCUUGCAUAACGCUGAAGCAUCACAGUUAG